UCGAAGAGUUUGGUCGUUUUAAAUCCAGAGAGUUCUGUUAUUCCUGUGAAGUCCAGCAUGAUGGAGCUUCAACAUGAUGCUUCAACAGCGACGCUGCAAAUUGCUACGAGAAAACGAAGAUGGCAACAAAAGAGGGAAGCUGUCUCAAAUCAAAAUAGGAAACGCAUGAAGAAAACAUGCAUAUUUUGUAACGGGGAGCACUAUAGUGAAGAUUGCACCAAAUUCAACACCUAUAAGGAAAGGAUCGGGAAACUGCAAGACAGGUGCUACGUUUGCUUUCAAAUAGGGCAUCGUGCCUCCAGAUGUACCAGGAGGAGGAAGUGUGUUCAUUGCUCAAAGAUGCACAAUAGAGCAUUGUGUCGACAAAAGGUGCAGCGGGACAGCUGUAACCCAAGUAAGGACAGCGGAGGGGAGAAGUCUACACAUUAGACUUUUACUUGAUUCGGGAAGCCAACGUACCUACAUCACAAACAAAAUAGCUAAAUUACUACAUAUCAAACCUGACGGAGAAGAUUGUCUAAUGAUUUAUACAUUUGGAUCAGAGAAGCCUAGAGAAAUGCUUUGCCCAUAUGCAACCAUUACUAUAGUAAGUAAACGUAAUGUUGAAAGAAUGAUUAGAGUGAAUAUAGUCCCAUACAUCACUACAAAGGUACCAAUGGCUAUGAUAGAGUCACCGAUGAUAGACAUCUUGGCUGACGAUACUUCUACUGGUGAAGGCAUUGAUUUAUUGAUUGGAAAUGACUUAUACUUUUCAUUCAUCAGAAAGAGUGUUGACUUGGGGAAUAACACCUUUCUAGUAGAUUCUGAUUUUGGCUGGUUUCUCGCAGGAAGUGCUACCAACAACACGGAAGGGGACAUUCUAUCUGUGGCUACGUAUUGCCAGUGCCAUGAUAUUAAUCAAGACCAUUUUACAGAACCAGAUCUUCCCCUGCGUACCAUAGACGUCAAAUUCUUAUGGUCACUUGAGAGCAUCGGGAUAUGUGAUUCUCCAAAAACUACAUGUGAGGAAGAAGCUGUUCAGCACUUCAACAAGACUGUCAAAUACAGUGAAGGAAGGUACCAGGUCAAGUGGCCAUGGAUAGAGUAUCCACCAAAAUUGCCUACCAAUUUCGGACUUGCCUUUGGUAGAUUAAAGGGUGUAUUGCGAAGAUCAAAUAAAGAAGAUAAAACAGAAUAUGAGAAAAUCUUAAAGGAACAGUUGGAAGCUAACAUAAUAGAAAUUGUGGAUCCUACCACUCAAGUCGACCAUCCUGUACACUAUCUACCCUUUCAUAUGGUUCAACAGAAAGGAAAAAGGGGCAGACUGGUCUAUGAUGCUUCAGCUAAGUUAAAAAACGAGAAAAGCUUGAAUGAGUGCCUGUACAGGGGCCCAAACAUGCUGGAAGACUUGACAGGAUUACUGCUGAAAUUUAGGAUUGGGAAGAUUGCUGUCACUGCAGAUGUUGAAAAAGCAUUUCUUCAAGUUGGUCUACAGAAAGAGGACAGAGAUGUGACCAGGUUUCUCUGGGUCAAAGAUUUGGACAAAGAACUGGCUGAAGACAACAUCGUUCAAUACAGAUUCUGCAGAGUCCCUUUCGGGGUAAUAUCAAGCCCUUUCCUCUUAGCAGCAACUAUUCGAUACCACAUUUCAAGGACUAACAAGAGUCUGCUUCCAGUGAUAGCGGAUAAAUGUUAUGUAGACAAUUUGGUGACUUCGGUUCAGUCAAGAGAAGAGGCUCUCAAAUUGUAUGCUCAAACUAGGAACUCAUUCAAUGAAUUAGGAAUGAACAUACGAGAUUGGAUGUCGAACGACAAAGAGUUCAUGGACAAGAUUCCCAAGCAAGAGAGAGCUAAACCAGAGAGUGAAAUGAAGAUCCUCGGUUUGGUAUGGAAUUUGAAAAAUGACACUUUACGUCUCAAUCUGAAUAACGAUACCUUUGAAAGUGAGACUGUAGACAAGGGCAUUACAAAGAAAGGAGUCUUGAGAAUGCUAGCGCGUCUGUAUGACCCAUGUGGAUUCGUAUCCCCACUCGUGCUACCGGGAAAACUCUUGUUCCAGGAGAUCUGUACUAGGAAGUUCAAAUGGGAUGAGAUUCUGCCUGAAGACUUGUUGACAUCAUGGAGGAACAUAAUUAAAGAUUUAAAAGCUGUUAACGAAGUAGAACUGCCCCGACAUGUUACAAGUGGAGUAAAGCCGGGUUGUACUAAGUACGAACUACAUUGCUUCACUGACGCGUCAAUGAAUGCAUAUGCAGCAGUCGUCUACUUGCGUGUCAUAACUGAAGAGCAUGUAUCAACUUCGUUUCUUAUGUCUAAGUGCAGAAUAACCCCGGCAGAAGACAAGAGCGAUCUCAAAAUUCCUAGACUUGAAUUGCUAGGGUGUCUGAUAGGAAGUAGACUUCUGAAGUAUGUCAAAAGCCACCUAGACCUAAAUAUAUGCAAGAUAUAUUUGUGGACGGAUAGUCAAGUUGUCCUAGCUUGGAUCGAAUCAAGUAGGCUGCUUCCACCAUUUGUAUUGAGACGAGUCAAUGAGAUCAAGCAAAUUAAGGAUAUGUUAGGAGUAGAGCAGCGCUAUGUUAACUCAAAACAAAACCCUGCAGAUAUAGCUACUAGGCCAGAACUGUGGCAUCAAAAACGGGAUCUAUGGCUCCAUGGUCCAGAUUUUCUUCUACAAGACCAAAACAAUUGGCCAAAGCAGCAGAAGAACGAAGAAUUGUGCUUGGUUGGGAGGGCUCUGGACAUGGUGGACGGUCCAGAGAUGACAAUGAGAGGAUAUGAAGACCAAGAUAAUGAACUUGACUUUCCUGAAUUGGAAGAAAAUUCUGCACCCACUACACUUCAUGAAAGUUUGGAUUCUUUGCAAGACCUCUCAGAAAAAGAGUCAGUGUCCGAAAUAAAGAAGUUGCAAGGAAAAUACUUUUCAGAAGAAGUUUCAGGAAAGGUCACUAGUUUGUCACGAAACUUAGGUCUCUUUAGAGAUGAAGAUGGGAUCUUGAGAUGCAAAGGAAGGUUCGCAAAUGCAAAUUUAUCAUAUGAUAAGAGAUAUCCCAUUCUGAUUCCGAAGAAAUCACCCUUCACAACCGAGAUAAUACUGAAGACGCAUAGAGAUAACUACCAUGUUGGUGUACCGCACACGCUAAGCAUAUUACGCGAGAAGUAUUGGAUCCCUCAUGGGCGAGCCCAAGUUCAGAAAACCCUAAAGAUGUGUUCACAGUGUGAGAAAUAUGCCGGAGGUCCUUACAAACUGCCACCACCACCUGCACUACCCAGUGAAAGGGUUAACUAUAGUUCUCCAUUUACCUUCACUGGAUUAGACUACCUCGGACCGGUUUUAGUGGAGACAAAUACUGGCAGAGAAAAACGAUGGAUUUGUCUUAUGACAUGCCUAGCAGUUCGUGCUGUACAUUUGGAGUUGGUCAAGGCUUUGACAGCUGAGGAGUGUUUGCUAGCGAUACGGCGUUUCGUAGCUGCCAGAGGACCACCUAAAGUAUUGAUAUCUGACAAUGCACUACAGUUCAAGCUGACGAGUGAAGUACUGAUCAAGUCAUACUGCCAGGAGAAACAUAUCAAGUGGAAAUUCAUUACGCAGCUUGCACCCUGGCAAGGCGGUUUUUAUGAACGUUUAGUUGGACUGGUAAAACACUGCUUGAAGCGCACACUUGAUAAGCAUUUAUUAACUGAUGGUCAAAUGCAGACAGUAGUGAAGGAGAUUGAGGCUGUCUUGAACACUAGACCUUUGACUGCAGUGGGUUCUGACCCAGAGGCAGUGCUGCGGCCAGCAGAUUUUCUAUCCCUAGGUGAGUGCCUAGAGAUAAACUCAGAACUUUGCGAAGGAACCUCACAAGGCACCAAUACGAAAGUCGACUUGGUCGAAGGCUGGAAGAGAGGUCAGAGGAUACUUAACGAAUAUAAAGAGAUGUUCACCAACCAAUACCUACCAAGUCUGCGGGAUAGAUUCAGCCACUCUCAUAAACAACCGCGAGUGAUAUCUAAGAAGUCUCCAGAAGUUGGCGACAUCGUUCAGAUCAAGAAUGACUCCAAACAUAGGAUCAAUUGGAAGGUUGGCAGAAUUUCAAGCUUGAUCCGAAGCCGUGACGGUGAAUGCCGAGCAGCCAAAGUGGUAGUUGGGAAUACAGAAUUCACGAGAUCCAUAGCACACCUGUAUCCGUUAGAGUCUGACACGUACGGCCCAACAGAUUAUGCACGUUUACCAACACAAGACACUGAAAUGGCAGAGAUACCAGCUGAGCCCAUGGAGAUAGUUGAAAUUAGAGAACCCCCGAAAGUACCUGAUACGAUGGUAUCUCCUGAGCCCGAGAUGGAGAUUGAUGAGUUAACAAUCCCUACUGAAUCGACAAUCGAGAGAGAAGUUGUGUUAGAUUCUGAAACUAGUCCUAUGCAAACUGAGCAAGCUUCUGAUAAUGAUAUACCCGACGAGACAGAAGUGAAAGAGACAAUUGUUAUGGAAGACCAGCCACAGGAAGUGACUAGAGCAAGGCGGAACGCUGCCAUUUGGGCUAGAGAACGAAUAGCCGAAUGGACGCGCCAGCUGAUGACGCUACUUAUGUGAUCUUCUCGCCUUCGGGAGUGUCGCGGAGAUCGCGAAGUCUGUUAUUGUGGUAUGUAUCCAAACCGUCACUCUUAGCGUAUUCUUCACUGGUAACACUGGCGAUGGAGGUGAGCAAGUGUCAGAGGUGACCGCGAGGAGAAAAGGGCGGAAACGAGUUGAGACACGUGGAGAGAGGUGCUCUGAGUACUGGUACGUAAUUCGCCGUGUGGCACGUGUACAACGCUCUUGGUAAGUGAGACAUUGCUAUAUUUGAUAUACUCAUGGAUAUUGCAGUGACCAUGAGUUAACGGCUACCUUGAGAUAGAGCUGAGUUGUUGAGUUGAGUGAUAUUCUGUGUGUAGCUCGAGUUUGAAUGCAACAUGUGAGGUGGCUGGUAUGCUAUCGGUUUGAGUUACUGGAGGUUACUUUAUGGAGGCUGAUGGAUGAGCUGUAGGGGUUGUUGUGGAGGCUCGUCGGGGACCACAUGGUUCCCACCUCAGUACUCAUCGCAAGUUCUUGAGCAUGAGAUAAGAGUGCUGAGUUGCGGGAUGCACGAUGAGUUCUCCUUUGGAGAUUCAGUUGUGCCGUGCAUCCACCGAUAAGAGCCACGGGACUUGGGGCCCUUCUAAUUUUCCCUGAGAGAGUUUAGAGGUUGCAUUCAUAACAAGAGAUGAGAUCGAGUUAGAUUUGAGAUGGAAUUGUACGCCCAUCGAGUGUUGAUUCAUGGUCGGUGCAAUGGCUAU